UUCCCCCUUCCCCAGAACCUUUGGUCUUGAAGAUGGUGAGUAGCCAGCCUAAGUACGAUCUAAUACGGGAGGUUGGUCGUGGCAGUUAUGGUGUGGUGUACGAAGCAGUCGUCAGGAAGACCUCUGCCCGGGUCGCGGUGAAAAAGAUUCGGUGCCAUGCUCCAGAGAACGUGGAACUAGCUCUGCGUGAGUUCUGGGCACUUAGCAGUAUCAAGAGCCAGCAUCCCAACGUCAUUCACCUGGAGGAGUGCAUCUUGCAGAAAGAUGGUAUGGCGCAGAAGAUGUCCCAUGGCUCCAGUUCCUCCCUUUAUUUACAGCUUGUAGAGACCUCAUUAAAAGGAGAAGUAGUUUUUGACCCCAGAAGUGCUUAUUACCUCUGGUUUGUCAUGGAUUUCUGUGAUGGAGGAGACAUGAACGAGUACCUGUUGUCCCGAAAGCCGAACCGCAAGACCAACACCAGCUUCAUGCUUCAGCUUAGCAGUGCGCUGGCGUUCCUGCACAAAAACCAAAUUAUUCAUCGCGAUCUCAAACCUGACAAUAUUCUGAUAUCUCAGAGCAGGCUGGAUGCCAGUGACUCAGAGCCUACCCUGAAAGUAGCUGAUUUUGGGCUGAGUAAAGUGUGUUCAGCCUCGGGACAGAAUCCAGAGGAGCCGGUCAACGUAAAUAAGUGUUUUCUAUCAACCGCUUGUGGGACUGACUUCUACAUGGCCCCUGAAGUCUGGGAAGGACACUACACUGCCAAAGCGGACAUCUUCGCGUUGGGAAUUAUCAUCUGGGCGAUGUUGGAAAGAAUCACGUUCGUUGAUACGGAGACAAAGAAAGAACUCCUGGGGAGUUACGUCAAGCAAGGGACGGCGAUUGUGCCCGUUGGAGAGGCGCUUCUAGAAAACCCUAAAAUGGAACUGCUCAUCCCCGUAAAGAAAAAAUCCAUGAACGCUCAAAUGAAACAGCUGAUCAAGGAAAUGCUGGCUGCCAACCCGCAGGACCGACCCGACGCUUUUGAGCUGGAGCUGCGAUUAGUCAACAUAGCUUUUAAAGACAGCGGCUGGGACACGUGA